UGUCAAACAAUUUUGUUUUGUUUGAGGUUAUGUUUCUGUGAUUUCUAUCUUUGUGAUGUGUCAAUUUCUGUAAUUUUAUUCGGAGUUAUUAGCUGAAAUGGUAUAAUCAUUCAAUAACUACUCACUAAUCUAAGCAAUUAUAAUGGCUGUUGUUAUUGAGACAACCCUUGGAGACAUCACCGUGGAUUUAUUUGUGGAACAGCGACCAACGACAUGUCUGAACUUUUUGAAACUAUGCAAGAUGAAAUAUUACAAUUACAACUUGUUUCACACUGUACGAAGUGGCUUCAUUGCCCAAACUGGAGAUCCAACUGGGGAAGGGUCGGGUGGAGAAUCAAUUUUUGGCUUGCUGGAGGGAUCGGAAAAGCGAUUCUUUUCCGGUGAGAAAAUGCCUAAAAUUCGGCAUACGGAUGCAGGUUUACUCUCCAUGGUGUGUACUGGAGAAGCCAUGGUUGGAUCCCAAUUCUUUAUUACUUUGGGAACAGAUCUAGACUCGCUAGACGGCGUCCACUGUGUUAUUGGUGAAGUCACUGAGGGCCACGAUAUCUUGAGGAAACUUAAUGACGUCAUUUGUGAUGAAUCCCACCGCCCGUAUCAAGAUGUGAGGAUUACACAUACUGUAGUCCUUGCUGAUCCCUUUAACGACCCAGCUGGCCUGAGGGAACCAUCUCGCUCACCAUCACCUAGUGCUGAACGUCUAAAAGGUGGCCGUAUUGCCCCAGAUGAAGAAAUAGAUGAGACUCAGGGCAAAACUGCUGCAGAAAUACAAGAACUAAUAGAAGAAAAGGAGGCCAAAGCACGGGCCACCAUUUUAGAAAUUGUUGGUGACUUACCAGACGCAGACAUAGCACCCCCAGAGAAUGUACUUUUUGUCUGUAAGCUCAAUCCAGUUACUAGCGAUGAAGAUUUGGAAAUAAUAUUCAGUAGAUUUGGUAAAAUUGUUACAUGUGAAGUUAUACGGGACAAGAAAACAGGUGACUCUUUACAAUAUGCAUUUAUAGAGUUUAGUGACAAAAAAUCUUGUGAAGAUGCCUACUUAAAGAUGGACAAUGUUCUCAUAGAUGACCGAAGAAUACAUGUGGACUUCUCACAGUCAGUUUCAAAAAUAAAAUGGCUUGGAAAAGGAAGGGGAGUUAAGCAUAUUAAUGAUGAUGAUGAUCUCAUUGAAUCAAAUGACAGAAAUAAAUCAAUAAAACCAUACAAACGGGGAUCUAGGAGAUCACCAAGCCAAGAGAAAGGUGAACAUAGAAGUAGACAAAGACAGGAUAAUGAUCAACCAAUGAGAAGUAGAGAGAAACAUGAUAAAGAGGAACAUAGAAGAGAAAAGUAUGAUAGAGAUGAACAAAGAAGAAGAGAGAGGCAUGAUAGACAUGAAGAUAGAAGAAGAGAAAAGAAUGACAGAGAUGAAGAUAGAAGAAGAGAGAAGUAUGAUAAAGAUGAACAUAGAAAUAGAGAGAAACAUGAUAGACAUCAACUUAAAAGUAAAGAAAAACAUGAUAGAGAUAGGCAGAAAGACAGAGAAAUAAGAAGACAUGAAGUUGAAAAAUAUGAGCCUAGACAAAGAAAAGAAACUGACGAAAACAUUAAAAGAAACCGAAGCAGAAGUAGAUCUCCUGUUAGAGAAAAUAGAUACAAAACGGACAGAAAUACAAAUGCAAGUCUAAAUUCAGACAAUAAAUACUCAAAAAAGUCUGAAAGACCCACUAAAGAAAAUGAUAGUGAAAAAAACUCAAACAAACACCAUGAUACUUAUAAGAAUGGUCAUGACAGGGAUGUUUCUUCUACAAAGUCAAUUACAAAUAACUCAUCUAAACGUGAAAUAAAUGAAGGUGAUAAAAUUAAAUCUAAAAGGCAUGAAGAAGAAACUACUAAAGAAAAAUCAAGGAAACACAAAGAUAGUGAGAGAGAUGAUACUAAUGGAUUCAAAGAGAACAGAGACGAGCCGGUCAAGAAAAAACCUAGAGUUACUGAAGAUGUGAUAAACGAAAUUAAGAAUCCCUCCAAAAGUGAUAAAGGUAAAAACUCCUCUAAAGAAGAAAGUUCCUCUCGCAAGAAAGAAGAAAAAACCGCUGUAAAAGUCAAAAAAGAGAAGAAAGAUAAAAAAGUUUCUAAGGUUGCCAAGAAAAACUCUUCUAAAAAGAAAAGAAAGCCAUCCACGUCAAGUUCGAGUGAAUCAUCAACUUCCUCCAGUAGUGAGAGUACUUCGUCAAGUGAAUCUGAUGAUAAAAAAAAGAAAACCCGUAGGAGAAAGAAGAGAUAUUCAUCUACUAGCAGUAGUGAUACCAGUAGCUCUAGCUCUUCGUCCAGUACAUCCUCAAGCAGUGAAUCUUCAACUUCCAGUUCUGAUAGUGAUGCUAAGAAGAAGCGGAAAGCAAAGAAGAAAAUAAACAAAAAGACUGUAAAAAAAAGUAAGAAGAAAACCUGAUGAAGGACUAUGGUCCAUACAUUAAUUAAGCGAUGUUUUAGUAUGUAAUUAAUGUUUUAGUGCAUUUUUGUUGCCAUCACAUCACAUAUUAUUAUUAUUUAAUUCACUCUUUUACUACCUAGGUAUUUAAUUAGGGUAGCUUAUAUUUUCAUUAUCUGAUUCUGGAAAGUUGCUUUUUUAUUUUUAUGUCUGAUCUAUACAUCAUGCUCGUGUACGUAAUUACGUAUGUAUAUCUGUACUUACUUAUAUCACUUAUCCUUAAGACAAUUUAAAGAACUACUUAGAUAAUAUUGAGGUAGUUUCUAAUAACUAGAAUUUUAGGAUUACAAAAUAAUUUCAUACUGAUAAAAUGUUUUAAAUAUUUUGAACUUGAUGUAAAGUACAUUAUGAUUGUGAAUAUGUUUUUACAUUACAAUGUAGUUAAAUUAAGUAUUGAAGGUACAAUAAAAUUAUUGGAAUUUUGCAGAAAUAUGGA